AUGUAUGAGUCACGUCCGAAUAGGGAAAACAAGUCAGACACGGUAGAACGUCUGGAAAUGCUGGAAAGUAUACCAAUCGUUAGGUGAAAAAAAGUAUCUUAUUCAAUUUUCCUACUUUUGUUAAUUUUCACAUUGCUCUGAUCUUUUUAUGCGUUUUCACUUUUUCAAAUUAUUUCGUUAACUUUAAGAUUUGAGUGAUCAUUUUUUUUUCAUUUUUUCCGUUUCAGACCUUUGAUGGAUUCUUUGAUUGCUGCCGGUAACUUGGAAGAAAUAAAGAAGCUUUGUGAAACAAGCUAAGAAAGACGGGUUUGAUGUCUCAGAAUUAUUGUUUUGAAUGGAUGGACUGUUUCAGAGAAGACUCAGAACUUGUGAAUUCAAGUGUGGAUAGCGAACUUCGUAGGCAUGGUUUGCGGAUAGCUGCGAGCACUUCGGGAAUCGUUGACGCCACGAGAAAACACUUUAAUUUGGCGUUGGGAUUGGCAUCCAGUGGUUCGUAGAGGGUUAUUUCUGGGGAAAAGUCUGAAAAGUCUUGCAAUAAAUCUUGUAAAUGCCUUUUUUUUGACUUUUACUUGAAAGAGGCGCUUUGGAAGGUCUUCUGAAAGCUGGAAUUGAUUGUUUUCUAGGCCCAUUCGAAGAGUUUUCUUUUUUUGAAGGCUUUUUUGACUUUACCGGCUCUGAAGGGACUUUUUAAAUAUAAUUUUUUUAAAAAAAUAGGGCUGUGCAUGAAGUCGACCCCGAUCACCACGAUCCAAGACGUCAUGGAAACUUCCACUGUCAGAACUUGCGAGCUUCUUUUUUCCAUCCUGGAAGACAAUAUGAACGUUUUCAAGCAGGUUUUCAUCCAGAAACAGUAUAAAUAACCUAUUUUUGCCUUCAGCCGCCCCUGGGCGAAGCCAGCCAAACGAGUAUUUUGCGGCUUUGUAAUGACCUUUUACGGAGGUUGAGCCGCACGGCCGAAACCUCGUUUUGUGGACGUAUUUUGUUCUUUUUGAGCAGGUUUUUCUGAGGCGAUUUGAAAAAAUAAAGAAUUUUUUUCAAGAUUCCUGCCCCUCAGCGAGAAGUCCGGCUUGAACUUGAUGGGCCACUUCAACAGCCAAAACGUGACCAAAUAUGAGGAGAAUGUAGGUUUAUUCCUAUAUGUUGAAAAAUCCUUGACAUAAUUUAUAUAAAGGUCUCGAAGCGAAAACCUCUUUUUCUGUAUAUUUUUUUGAGAGUUUUUUUCUUGUUUUUUUACCGCUUUUUGAAGGGUUUUGAACUUUCUAAAUUGAACUUUUAGAACUGAUAUAUUUCAUAUUUUUGAAGUAUAAUUUAUAUUAAUAUCAGAAUUUGAUGAAAACUCGAUUAUUGUAGUUGAUUUUUUUGAGUUUUAUUGAAGAAAAUUGAAGAUUUUCUAGAGAUUGAAUUAGUUAAAAAUAAUAUUUCUAGUAUUGGACAGUAAGAAAACGGAUCCAUAAAACUUUCUUUUCGUUAAUCAUUUUUUCCUUCUCCUUUUUGUUAUGAAGAAAAUAAAAAAAAUUGUCAUUUCGCUCAAAAAUUGCUAUUUUUCUCCACGAAACUUCGUGUCCUAGAUGUAAAGCUUGUGGUGGGAUUUUUCGGAAUUUUUCAGAGUGGUCCCUAUAGGGAUUAGGGGCCAAUAAAGUGGUCCCUAUAGGGGUGAAAACUAAGGUGGUCCCUAUACUGACCCGCUAGCCCUUAAAGCUUGAGUGGUCCCUCUAGGGGUCGUUCAUUUUUAUUCAAAAAGGAAUUUUUUAGUUUUUCGCAUGGAAAUGCUUCCUCGCAUAGAGUUCAUAAAAGUUAUCGACUAGCAUCUUCCCUCUAGAGACCACUUUUGCAAGCUUCAGUGGCUUCUGUAGGGGCUGGUAAAAUGCUCACCCAAGGUUGCCCUUAUAUGGGCCACUCAGGAGUUUCUAACUUGUUCCAAAAAUUUACGCCGUUAUUUUUUUACUUGGAUCUGCUUAAAAAAAUCAUCUUCUUAUGUCUUUUUGAAAAUUCAGAAUUUUUUUCAGCCCUGUAACUGAAAAUUUCACGGCUCCCACCACAACAGAAGACGCCGAAACGGGUGAAAUUCAUGAAAUUAAGUAUGUUUUUUUAAAAAUUUUUUCUCCAAAAAACGUGUAUUUUUCAGGGAUUCCGCCACAUUGAUUCCCGUUGAUCCCAAUAUUUACACCUCGUUUUGGUCGCUGCAGAAUUUCCUCUCAAAUCCUGUCACUUUAUACGAAAAGGAGAAGUUCAUAGUGUUCAAGAAGGUGGAUUUUCGUCAAUUUCCGACCAAAAAUGACUUUUUCCAGUGCAUUUCGAGUAUUUUCACCUUGUUCUCCAAUCACAAGUUGGACAAGAGCAACGAUAAUGAUAGCGAUUCCAAACUCAAGGUUGCUCUUAAGGGAAAAUAUUCGUUUGAAAGUGGAAUAUUCAGGCGGCGAUGGACGAUAUGAUCAGUUCGGAGGCGUUUUUUGCCAAAUAUUUGACGAGUCCCAAGGUUGGUUUUUCGAAAAUUGAUGAAUAAAUUGUAGAAUAAUGAGUUAAGGUGUGAAUGAAUGCGAAAGCAACGCUAAAAUUUGCACAAAAACUGGAAAAAAAACCUUCACGUAUGAAUAUUUUGAGCCCAUCCUAUUUUUUUUAACUCCUCAUUUUCUUGAAUUUCAGUAUCUUUAUGAAAUUUGAAUUUUUAAAAAUAAAAAAAAAGUAGAAUUUCAGCUAAAAAGAGGAUAAUAACUUUUUUUUAAACGAAGAUUCGGUUCUCAUCUCUUGAAAUCAACGCUUUUUUUGACUAUUUAGACCUCAUAAAUUGAUUUUUGGAAGCUUUCAAAGUUAUGAGAAGCUUGAAAUACAUAAAUUUUCAGUUAGAUUUUUCGAUUUUUUUAAUGAUUCAAAAUUUUAAUCUUCAUCAAAAUUUCUCAUUUCUGAACGUGUUUUUUUGAUAGUACUUGGAUUUUUAGAUUUUUUUGCAUUUUUUUAAGCUUCAAAAAAAAAUUUUUUUCUAUCGCUUACCACCACUGAAAACUGACUUCAGAACAUGUUUUUUUCGGCCAUUUUUUUCUAUUUCAAGUCCUUCAAAAACUUUUUUUCAGUUUUAAGAUUAAAAAAAUAUAGAAAUCGUCGCACCUUACUGCUAAAAAAAUCACUUCAGGACUUUUUUUCCGAAUCUUUACGGAGUGUAGUUUUUUUAAAAAAAUCUUUUUUUCAAAUUUUUGAGCUGAGAAAUUAUUGAAUAAUCAGUUUUCAUUACUAUAAUUUGCUUCGAAACUUGUUUUUCGAUCAUUUUUCGAUUCCAAUUCCUCCAAAAUUUCCUGUUUUCUUUUCAGUUUUAAGCUUCACAAAUGAUUGAACUAUCACCGUUCAUCAUUAUAGUUUCACUUCACAAAAUGUGUUUUUGAAACUAUUUUUUAAUUUCAGAUUUUUCAAACGUGAUUUUUUUGACGGUUUCAAGCAAGAUCUGUCAGAGUUUUUGAUUUUUUUUUUUAAACUUUGAUGCGUUUUUGAGCUUACGGUUCAAUGAACCCCUGUAAUUUAUCACUGAAAAUUUUCUCAAAGCAAUUUUCGAUCCCAGAUUCCUCGAAAUUCUCUUUUUUUCAGCUUCUUCCCCUUCAACUCAACGAUUCUCAAUUCCGACGUCAUUUUCUCGUCCAAUGCCUAAUUAUCUUCCAAUAUUUGACCGCUGAUGUCAAGUUCAAGAAAACGGCUCGAUUGUAAUGGAAAUCAGUUCAAAAAUAUAUAUGAAUAAUCAAUUUUUCAGUAACCAUUCCCUGAGUGAGGAGCAAAAUCGGGUGAUUUCCGAUUUCGGCGAGAAAUGCUACAAACUCUUGUGUGAGACGCAUCCCGCGUGGCCAGAACUUUGCCGAUAGCGUUAGGGUAAUUUUUUUAUUUAUUUUUAUCCGUUUCAAAAAAAUAUUUAAAAAAAUCCAUGUUUUUAAUAGCAUUAUUCACUUCUUUAGAAGUUUUUCAACUUAAGCAAUUUAACCCAAGAAACCGUUAAUUAUUGAUUUUUGGCUUUGGGAAAUGGUCUUUCAAUGGUUUUAUUCGAUAUAAUAAUUUAUUUUUGGGGAAAUGGCCUUCCAACAUAUUUUUUUCCCAAAUAUAAUUUUUUUCGGAACAAAUUUUUUUAGAAAAAAAUUAUCGAUAAGCUCUUCUUUUUGACAACAUUUUUUUCAAUACAAUAAAAAAAUGUCAACCUAAUAAAUGUAGCCAAAAAACGAAUAACUGGGAAAAUUUUCACUAUAGAGGCUCGCCAAGGACUACUGGGAGAGGACACUAAAGUGGCCACUAUUUUCCGUUUUAGUGGCCACUUCAGUAGUUUUUCAUCCAGUAUUCCUUUCAGUAACUCUGAUAGUUUUAAAACAAACAGAUUGGACCAGUUAUGUUGAUCCAUUGACCCCUAAAGUAGCCACUAAAAUUUUUGGUGGUCUAGUAGUAGCGCUUAAACCUCUAUAAGGACCACUAAUUUUAAACCUCUUUAGUGGCCACUAACUUGACUACUAGAGUGGUCAUUAAAAGUUUUAGCUGUUGAUUUUUCGGCGGUUUGAAACUUUCGCCACGUUUUUAAACCUUGGAAACUUGAAAAAUAUAGAAAAGAAAAACUCGUGAAGAAAAGUUUACAAAAAAUUUCACCAAACGCUACGCGUAGAAAAAUUCAUUUCUAACAAAGUUUUCACGGUUUCCAUUUUAACUCACGAAAAGUACGUUUCAUAACAUUUAUAAACUUUUCGCCAAUCUUUUCAAAACCAUUGUUGCGAUAUCCUGUUGAUUUUAACUUAGAAAGAAGACUCUAGAAUUUACCAGCUAAUUAAAGUUAUUAUUUUUUCAAAGGUUUUGUAGAAAAUGGAUUUGAAAAAGUGUUAGAAAGUCAGGUUUUAAAGAUUUUCCAGCGAAAAUAAAUUUGCUGUUUUAGGCGAUUUUGCGCCGCGAAACGGAAUGGUCGAACUGGAAGAAUCACGCCUGCCCGGAUAUUACCGAGUCGGCGGACAAAGGCGUCAUGCAAAUGUAUAGAAAGUGAGUUAUUGGAGGAGAUAUAGACUGAAAAUUUUGAAAAAAAAGAGGUUAGGUGAUAAGGUUUUACUUCAAUAAUUAAAUUUUGAUCCACGUCGAUACUUAGAAGAUGAGUUAAAAAUGAAGGGACAUAGCUUACUGGGGAACGUUUUUUUACUCUUCAAAACCUCGAAAUAGCGCUUUAAAAAGUUCUCUGGUUAGGUGAAAUGAGCAGCGGUUUCAAAACAAUUUUUGGGAGCUUUUUUUAAAUUUUUUUCGGUCAGAAAAUGUCUGAAAGUAUAUCUCUUAGUAUAUAGUAUAUCUCUUACCAGAAGUAUUGAAAUCUCAACCUAAAAGACUCUGUUUUUUUGACCAAGGAGGUCAUUUUACUUUUCUCUAAAUUCGGCCAGAAAACGUCUUGAUGUUGCCAGAAUAAGAUUCUAAAAGUCUCGACCUGCACAAUUUCUUCGUUUUUGAAGAUUGAGCGGAGAAUGUUCUCAGCUCACAGUGGGACUUCUGAAUGAGACUAGGUUCACUUGAUAGAGUUUUUCACGCUGAUUCCGAAUCUCUGCUCAAAAGUUGCCCCUGGAGGCCUGUGAUAAAAGAUAAAAGUCUCUCAGAAAUCGAAAAUUCGCUGUCUCGGAUUGAGUUCCUUUUUGGAGGGUAUAUAAAUUCUAUCAGAAGCAAAAGUUUUUUUCUAUGGUAGUUACUAACAAGGAUCUUCUGUUUAUUUUUCGGUUAGGAAUUCUCUGAAAGAUAGCCAGAACAUUCCUUGAUAUACCAACUUGAGGUCCCAGAAGUUUCAACCUGCUAAAUCUCUAGUUUUUUUAAGAAAUGCGGGCUCAAAGCUGAAAGUUGUCAAUUUUAAUGAAUUUUUGGGGGUUUUUCUUUAUCGUUAGGUGUGAUUCCUCGAAAAAAAUGGGAAGUUGUGCAGGUUAACAUUUCCAGGAUCUUUUUAGUAUUUCAAGGAGUGAUAUGGCCAAUUUAUUUGUAAUUUGCAAUUCUAACGGGGAACGACCUUCCUUGUAAGUCUGUAACUUUUCAGAAGACCCCGUCAAACCUUCGACCCAAUGGCCAACGACUUGGGAAACCCCGAAUUGACCCGUUUGUGGAGCAUCGAACCGAACCUUCUCAGUGCUUGUCGCAAUCCUAAAAGGUCAAUUUUUGUUUGACGAAAAAAGUUGGCCUCAAAGUGGCCACUUCAGGGUCUUUUCUUUUCCUUAUUUUACGUUUUUUUAAUCCGUGAAAGUCAAAAAAAACGCUUCAAAAAAAUUUGAAGAAAUGAUAUAAAUUUUAAUCAUGUAUACCUUGUGUAUGAGCUGGAUAUUUUGAAAAGAUUUUAUUUUUUUUUAUUGAAUUUUUCCUUAUUUGGUCUUCUUUGUGUUUUUUGUAUUUAUGAGUAAAGCCUAAAAAGGUAAAAAAACCACUAGAGAAAAAAAAAUUUUUUUAUCAAAUUUUGCAUUUUUUGCAACGAGUAGCCUGUCUAUGAGUUAUAUAGAAAAUUUGUCUUUUUAUUCUUCCAAUUUCAUUUUUAAACCUUUUUUUCCACGUUCUUUGUACGUUUUUUGUUUGUUUAUAAGAAAUUGAAAGCCCUCUAAAAAGACUGAAAAAGUGAAAAGCCAUUUUUAAAAAUUCAGAGAAAAACUUAUAAUUUUUUUCUUGAAAUCCUGCCGAUUUUUCUCGUUUUUAAGCCACGAAUUGCUUUUUCUACGAGCAGAAUCAAUCAAAAUAUUUUUUUAGAAGAUUUGUGCCGGCGUUAAACGAAUUUAUACGUGACCCUCUGGACGAAAUGGACCCCCGAACAGCAGGUUGAGGACGAAUAUAAGUGAGUUUUUGAGUUUCUGUGAAAGUUUAAGUUCAAGAAAAAUUUUAUUUUUUUGAUUAUUCAGAUGAAUAGCAAUUUAUAUUAUUAUAUUUAUUCUCAUUAUUAUAUUAUACGAAUUUUUUUGGGCACUUUUUUUCUAAUAAAUUAAUUCGAAGCUAUCACUAAGAUAUAAAGAUUCGGAGAAAUGAAAAAAAAACUUUUUUUCUCAAAUUUGAAACGGAUAUUUUCUGGUUGAAGUAAGAUUUUCAUGAUUUUUGAGCGUUUUUUUAAUCAAAUUAUCUGUUAAAAAUCUUCACUUCGACUAUUUUUAUUAUCCAUAUUUGUUGUACUUUUUUCAAAAUUAUGGUUAAAGCUACAAAAGUUUUUCAUUCUUAGGGACCCCAGAGUGGUCACUAGAGGGUAAAUCACAAAAAAAGGCAUUUGAAGGCUCUACUCACCCGUCUUCUUACUAUAGGGGGACACUAAAGCUCGAAAAAAAAGUGGCCACUCAAGGAAUUCCUUCUAUUUUUUUAACUUUCAAAAAAAUUAAAAGACCACUAUAGGGACCAUUCAAGUUUUUGGGGCUUAUGGGGCCAUACUUUAAACCCCUAUAGGUACAACCUAAACUUUAUCAUCAUUUGGAGCACUUUUUGCCCUCUUAAGGGAUUUUUCCCUAACCCCUCUAGGGAUCACUCUGGCGUUUCUAAGGUUGGUUUUGAUGAAGUUCUAAAUAAAACUGAGGACAAAUAUUUCUUGGCACUGAAAUAAAAACUUUCAAAAGGAAGUUCCAUUUUAUUGGAGUUUUGAACGAAAGUCUCCUUUCUUCCAAGAAAACCGAGACUUUUUUCCAGAUCGGUGAACGAUUCUGGAUUCCAAUGGAGGGCUUCAAGAAUUUUAUUGGCUUCUUCAAGCUAUUUCAUGCCCAAAAACGACAAAUCCAUGGUGACCAGUAUGAAGGAUUUCCUCGAAGGCGUCAUUUAUAACACGGCCAAGGCGAUGGAUGUUGGGAUAUUUUUAGAAAAUUUAUAAUAAGAUCCAUUUUUGAAGGAGUUCAAGCCGGAGAUCGCCGCAAGGGAAGAACGGGAAGCGGAGGCGAGGAAAAAGUUGGAAAAUGCUCUGAAAAAGAAGCUCGACCCGGGGUCCAGCGCUCAGGCCGGGUUGGUCUUGGAACAGAAGGGAAAAAUAUAUGUUAUGUAGGGAAAAGGACAGAAGAGAGGAUUUUUAUAGGGAUUUGACGUUUUAGUGGCCACUACGGUAGUCAAAUUAGUGGCCACUUAAGGGAUUAAAAAUUAGUGGCCCCUAUAGAGGUCUAAGUGCUACUACUAGACCAAUAAAAAUUUUAGUGGCCACUUUAGGGGUCAAUGGAUCAACAUUCCUGGCACAAUCUGUUUGUUUUAAAAUUAUCAGAGUUACUGGAAAGAAUACUGGAUGAAAAACUACUGAAGUGGCCACUUGAACGGAAAAUAGUGGCCACUUUAGUCUCCUCUCUAGUCCUUGUCUCUAUAGUGGCCACUAAAAAUUUUCUCAGUUAUUCGUUUUUUUUCGAACUUUUCUCCGAUUUUUUGGGCACCGAAUUUUUCUACCUUUUCCUCUGAUUUUUAGUUUUUCCAUGAUUUUCCACUUCAUUUUUUAAUUUAUCUGUUUUAUAUGAUUUAUAUGAAGGACAUUCAAAAUUUGGAAAUUAUGAUUCAGAGCGCCUUUUUAGCGGGUAUUUUUUUAAAUAGUCAAAAAUGCAUGAUCCCUUUUUUUCCAGCACCUCGUCGCCCAACCCCUACGAAGAUUCGCUGAACGCCGAAAAAUUGGAAAUCAUCGCCGAAGGCCUGGCGCCAAAAGCCAAGCAACUGGCGGCGGCUUUGGCGCGGGAGAAAGAGUUCGAUUCGACUCAAUCUGAUGUUCGUUUUGGAAUGAAAUGAUGAUGAAGAGCAUUUUUUUUGUAUUUUUUCUGGUUUGAAUCGAGAGAAAAAUAUAGUUUCAGCUUUUAUUUCUCAUUAAGAAAAAAAGCAAAAACUCGAAAAAAAGUUAAGCUGAUUUUUUUCAGAAAAUUGAAAAAUAAGAUUCAAGAAAAUAAUUUGAUAUAAAUUUUAACGAAAAAAAGCUUUCACGCUCAAAUAUUUUUUUAUUCCAUUUUUUUACAUUUGUUGAAUUUUUGUUUGAAUGAGUGAACUUUAAAACAUAGGAUUUUUUAAUUUUUUUGAAAAAAAGUUUCAGAUCCCCUCCCCCCUCUAAUGAGCUCUCAAUUCAGCUUUUCCUCCUACUUGUAUAAAAUUUUUCCAGAAAUCGAAUUGUCUCAACGUUUUGAGCCGUUGGGCGGAAAGUAACGCCUUUUCGCUGCGGGACCUUCGAAAUCAGUUGCUCAACUCGGACCCGGAACUUUUGAUGGAUCUCACGGCGGCUCUUAAGGUGUGCAAAAAAGACUGAAAAGUACCUAGAAAUGGCAAAAUUUGCACAUUUUCAAUACAUAAGCAAAGAAAGGGUGGAAAAAGGCUCCAGAAAUGUUCCUUUUUGCUGCCUUUUUGCGCCAUUUCAUCGGCUCUUAUGCACCAUUUUUGCUGCCUUACCCAUUUGUUGAGCCUUUAAAAUUCUAUAGAAAAUGGAAGACUUGAUGAAGGGACCCUUUUUGCUGUCUUUCUGUUACCUUUUUUGAGCCUUUUUGCUGCCUUUUUCGAGCCAUUUUGCGGCUUUUUUGGUACCUUUUUUAGCCUACCAAGUGGCCAUAAUUCACCAUUCUGACUUCUCUUCCGAGUAGUUUUUACGCUUCAAAUGGAAUUUUUUAAAGCAUUUUUCCUUGAAAAAAAAUGAAUGUCUAUUCAAUAUUUCCAGAAAAAUCCAACACACCGAGUCGGCGAUGGACGAGAGCUGAUCUUCGAAUUUAAUUUUAUUGUUUUUUUAUCAGUUGUUCGGUUGUUUCUUAAUAAAUUAUUGAAAAUUUUUAUAAUUUCUUGUGAUUUUUUUCAGCGUUUCCCAACGCUUUUAUAUCUGGUUUUGUGUGAUUUUUUUCAGUUAAUGCGAAAAGUUUCGAGAUGCCGCCGUUUUUUUCAAACCAAAAAAAGGCCAAAGGCGACGGCGCGAAGAAAAAAAGAACACAAGGAAAAGGGUUUAGUUUUUUUAAUUUCAGAGAUUUUUGAUAGAGUCUUUUUCGAAAUCAAAUCAAUGUUUGUUGUAGUUUUUUUCAAAAAAACAUGUUUUUUUACUGUUUCAUUAACUUUUUAAUUUAGAAUUUUUUUAAAUUUUUUUAAAAAAAGUUCUGGUUGGUUAGCGGUGAACAAUAUGCACACUGAAAAAAAGUCGGUCGCUUUUUUUAUGACGUCUAUUUUUUUAAUUUUUGAAAAGAUUUUUUGGGCUUUAUAAAGGUUUUAACGGUUUCAAAGUGCGUAUUUAUUCAUAUUAUAAACAUUUUUCGAAAUCAGUUUACAAAUUUUUCUGGUCGUUAAAAUUUCCAAAAAAAUUCCUUUUUUGUUUUUUUCUAUUUUUUUGCCAAAAAAAUGCUCUCAAAUCUUGAUGAAAAAAACUAUUCCGCACACAAAAUAUUUUUUUUAUUUCAGGUCUACCCGAACAAACUGAUUCAAAAUUUAUUGAAAAAUGCAAAAUCUCCUAAGUUGGGCUGCCAAUAUUUGGUUCCUCGAAAACUUACAAAUUAGCCAAAAUCGAGAAUUCUACGCGCUUCGGACACUUUUUUAACUGAAAAAAACUUCAAAAAUUUUUCAAAAGAUGGUCCAAAAAAAGAAUCAAUAUGUCAUAUUUCUAAAGAUUAAAAAAAGAAAAAAAUGCGUUUUUCCUGAUUUUUUUAAAAGACUUCAAUUAGUCCUUUAUUAUCGACGAGGCUUCGAAAAAAAUAUUUUUUUAAUUUAAUUAUAUUACAAAAAGCUCUAAAAAGCUCAAUGGACAUUUUUUUAAAAAGAGAAUCAUAAAAAAAUUGGGUUUUCAGGCAGCCCCGAAAGGCCAACGAUGACGUCGAGAAACGCCUUUCACGCCGGCAAAAAAAUGAUGGAAAAAUACAGUCAUUGAGUCAGAUGAAGAGGUUGGAUAAUAAUAGAUUUAUUCAGAGAUCAGUUUGAACCCUGAAGUGUUCACUUGUUUAAAUAAAAAAAGACCAAAAUUAAAUUUUUACAUCAAUUGAUUAUUGGAGGUAUAGAUGUGAAAAAAUCGAUUUGAAAGGGAUUUACUAAUUUUUUUUUUUUGAUUUCGCUCCAAGUAAUAUUUGUUCUGAUGAAUAAUAUCAAAAACUGGCCUUCUCAGCAGCGCCAGAGUGGUCCCUGAAGGGGUCCCAGACGCCAAACCCCUGUAGGGUCCUCUUGAAGCUACCGCUAUAGGACAUUUUUGUCUCCCUAUUUCGGCUGUUUCUUCGACUAAUUUCUCCGAGACCACUCAUCUAAUUGUAAAAAUACUUGAAUUGAUGGGAAUCAUGUAAACCGAAAAUAACUAGAAUUAAGUUGUGAACAGUCCUCAAAACGACUUUUUCUAAGUUUUGAGCCAAUUUUCCGGUUCAGGAAUCGCUUUUGGGUAGUGUCGACGGUUCUGAAGGCGAAAGCGACGUCGAGUAUGACGACGCCCAGGAAAGGAACUUCCGCGAGGCGAAGAAGCUCCUCGACAAGCUUCAGGUUAGCCACUUCUUCAUCUGAAAAAAAAUUUUCGAUAGAACGGUCGUAAGUGUAAGGAAAGCUUAGUUUUAGAUGGAAUCCAGCUUUCAAAGCAAUUUUUCAAGAAAAGUUAUGAUGAAUCCUUUUUUUUACUUUUACCGGCUUUUUUUUCGGUAACGGUCGAAAGGUCUGUGGAAAAAGAAAGAUCCAGAGUCUCGAAGAAGAAUUUUAAGUACAGAAAAUUGUUCAUUUUUGUUCUUUUAAGGCGGCAUAAAAGACAAAGUUGAUUGGGCAAAUGGCUUGUAAAAAAUCCACCCAAAAAUUUUCACAAUGAAACUUGGGUAUCUUGAGAAAAAAAAAGCUAGAAAAAUCCAAUAUUCUUCAUUUUUUUCGCACCUUUGGGCCUCCAAAAAAUAGCCGCGAAAGUCGUCUGUUGUGCGCUCCACGGCUAAUUCUUAACAUUUUGCGAAUAAUUCUUGCUUUUUCAGUUUUUCUAGAAAAGCCAGAAACUGAGCCUUCGAAAAAACAAAAACUUUAUUUUUCCAAUAAAAAACGCGCUCCAUGGUUAAUUUAUAGAUUUAUGAAGGGGUCAUUUUAUCUUCUUUUUUUUUCUUUGUCAUGUUCAAAGUUCAUUUUGCAUUCUCCUUGAGGAACAAUCAAAAAAUUGAAUAAUACUUGAAAAAAAUAAUUGAGCUCAUGCAAUGAAUGUGCUCCAUGGUUAAAUUUUAGUUCUUGGAUGAUUUUUUGGUUUAAUCAUUCUUUCUUUGACAUAUCAAAAGUUCAGUCUUCAUUAUUCUUAAGGAGGAAUCAAAAGAUGACGAAGACGUCGCAAAAAAGUUGCGCGACGACGCGGCGACACGGUCGGGCACCCAGCUGCGACUCGUCGCCGACUCCUUCGAACUCGCCGAAGACGAGGAGAUCAGCUACCGCGGCCACAGGUUCUUCGCGUGUCCAGAAUUCCAAUGUCAAUUCAAAGCUCCGCCCCUAAUGCCGCAAUAAGCCAAUCAGAGAACGAGCAUUCUAGGAGAUUCGCAUGACGUCAUUGGGCUUGAUAUUUUAAAUAUGACCAGAAUAUAACUUUCCAAAUAAAUUAUUUUGCGCUUUUUGAUUCAAUGGGAUAGCGAAUUUUGAUUUUGAAUUUUUUUUUUUUGGUUAGGUUUCUAUAGUCCUUAAUGCCCAGAUAGGUGAAAAGCGAGUUUUGAAAGGUCCAAAUUUGAAGAAAAACAUCCAAAAAGGGAGGUUUUUCAAGCUUCGAAACUUUUUUGAAGCGUACUCAAUGUCCUCCUGAGUUUCCAAACAAGAGAAAAUUUCUUACUUUUUUUGGUUUUUUUGUCGAUUUUUUUGAACUAAUCAAAGGCUUCAAAAUUUCUUCAUAAUUCGUGAAUUAAUGAGUUUUGAAGCGUCAGGAAUCGACAAAAAGAUAGAUUUCAAGAAAUUUUUUUUUGUAGAAUCAGGACCCUUCAGCAAACUUUUAUGGAAGUGGGAAUUAGAAAAAAAAACUGGCCUUGAAAAUUCUUAAGAUGUCUGAAAAGUUUAUUCACAAGCAAAGGCCAAACGACCUCAAAAAGGCCUUGAAAAGAAGAGUCUGAAGCUCCUUAUUGAGUUUUUCUAAAAAGGUGUCGAAUGUUUCUUGGAGUUUCCUAUUUUUAAUCUUUUUUUUCCUUCUUAAAGGUCCUUUUUUGGAAAAGGUCCAGAAAAAAGGCGCCUCCGAAACCUUUCAGAUGCCUUUUUGAGACUUUUUGGAUUUUAAAAGUGUUAAUCCAACUGGCAGAAAUAUUGAAAACUGAGCCAUAUGGCAAAAAAUUUUUUAGUUGAAUUUCACAAAAAGUCUUUUCCCGAGUUUGAAUCAACUGAAUGAACAUUUUGGCUCGAUUCCAAUCUCGCGGAAGCCUAUUGAAUAUUGCGAAUAGUUCAAUCAUCACACCCGCUAUUUUGAGCAGACUGACGCCCCUCUGUGUCGCCUUCUCUCCCGACUCGAAAUACCUCGUCAGCACCGGCAAGGAGUCCAGCAUUGUCAAAUGUUCGUCCUUCUUUUUGAUUUCUUCGAGAUUCUUAGCCCUAGAAUCAAAAAAAUUUAGUUUUCCUGAUCCAUUUUAAAAAUUGAUCUCUGUUCUUACUCGCAUGCUGAGCAGGGUAACCCCGCCGUGCUAACACGGGGGUCUCCGCAGGGUGCCCCCUGUAUUAAACCCGUAUAAGCCCAGCUGAUAGAACUUUUGGCACUUUUUAGCCCAACUGAGACCCCGCUUUAGCACAGCUGGGUUACAUAUUUUUCUUACACCCGUUGUUCCCCCGUUUUAGCCCAACUGAGACUGAAAUAACCUCAGAAACACGGGUUUAAUACGGGUACACCCGUUGAGACACCUGCUCAGCAUGCGAGUAUCACAUAGGCAAAGUCGGAAGGAGCCUUUGAGCGUCUUUUAUGGAUUAAAAGGUUUCCAUUAACAGUUCCAAACGGGUUCCUUUUUACUGCCUUUUUGCGUCCUUUCAUCGGCCUUUAUCCACCCUUUUUCGACCCUUCUCAGAAACAAAAAGUUUUUUAAAUUGAGAAUAAUCUUUAUAAAUGACUGUGUAAGAACUAACAUGUGCUACAAUGAUAAAAUCGGAAAUCAUCAAUGGCCGAUACUUUCACCACUCUUUUUGCACCCUUUUUAAGGCUUUUUACCCUGGCCAAGAAAGAAAGGCUCAAUAAAGGCCUCAAAAUGGAACCCUUUUAGCGGCCUUUUCGCACUCGUUUUCCGCACUUCCGACCUUGGCAGUGUUAUAUUUUUGUCAUUAUAAAUAACAGAAUUCAUGACAAAGUUUCAGACUAUUGAGAACGCUUUUUAAAGACAGUUAUUCCGUACAACAAGAAAAAGGUGUUUUGAAAGUUUAUUCUUUUUUUGCCUUUAAAACUUCCUCACAUCGAAUUAAACCAAAUCGCCUGAUUUUGAACGUUUCAAAGAAAAAAACGCCUUUUUCCGGUUCCAUGAUGGGAGUUUUCCAGCAUGCCCUUUGCAAAGAAUUUGAACAGUUUUCUAAAUAGCAAGUGAUAAAAAAGCGUAUUUUGAACUCAGAAAAUACAAUUGAGUUUCAUAAUUUUCUAACAGAUCACAGUGAUAAUAACAUUCCUUGUAGACAGUAUAGAAGAAAAGAAAGUCGUCGGCGUCAUAAAACGGACAAAAAACGCGGCGGCGACAUCGCAAAACGCACAUUCCGGCGUGAUCUUCUCGGUCGCGAUAUCGCCCGACGGCAAUUUCCUAGCCUCCGCCGGCUUCGAUACGGCCGUCAAGGUGAUACUUUCAGAUUUUGAAGAAGAAAAAAGGUCAAAUUGAAGGUGUGGAACUUCAAAACGCUCGCCCAUAUCAAGGACCUCGAAGGACAUCGCGGCGCCGUUCUGUCGCUAUGUUUUCAGUUGAAAACGAACAAUCUGUUCUCGGCCAGUGAAGAUCGGACAGUCAAGGUAAAGUUUUGGAAGUGUGAAUGUAUUAGGGAUGGAAAAAUACAUCGGCUGGAUCCCAAUCCAGCCUUUUGCGCGAAAAAAAUUUGGAAAAUGUACUGAAAAUAGGCCUCACUUUUUUGGGGGGGUGGGGGGCGUUUGGGUGGUAGGCCUCAGUUUGAGGGGGUAAGCCGAACCUCAGGGCGGGAUCCAGCCGACGUAUGGAUGGAAAUAAGUCAAAUUCUACUGAAUUAAGAGUAAAAAAAUACUUUGAGAUCCCCUUAGAUUUUUUGUGGAAAUGGGUGUUCUCGAAGACAAAAAAAGUGCUUUGAACUUUUUUCCUUACAAUUUUUUUCCUAGAAGUAAUUAUUUUUUUGAAAACAAAAAAAUUAUGAUUAGAAAAAUCGACUUGACAGCUUCAAUUUGCUAUUUUUUUAGAGGCGUCUUUUUGAAAAAUGAUAUCCUUAAUAAGUUUAUUUAAAAGAUAUAGAUUUUUUUGAGAAUAUACUCAACUUUUUUUACAGAUAAAAAAUCUGCUUGAGGAUUUUUUUCUUUAACUUCAAAGCUAUGACUUCAUAACUUAUAAUAAAAAAAUAUUAAUUUAUUAAAAUUGAGUGUUUAAAGUUCUUAAAAACAAAUCAAUAGGUUCCUCUCCAAGUUUAAGAAAAAAAAACUUUCAAAUAACUUGGUCUUCUCUUUUUUUAUGUGAAAACGUCGUUUUUCGAAAGGAUGAUCCCAAAAUGACCGAUUUGUGUGUCGAAACGAGAAUCGGAAUCGUUGUGUUUUUCACGGAUCAACUGGUUUUUGAAGUUUUGUGUUCUUUUUUUUUGUUUGAAACGUCAGAAUAGAAUUUCCUUUUUUUCCUCUUCAUCAUCAUUUUUCCUUCCGUCUUUCAGUGUUUUUUUUUUCGAUGUUUUGAACUUUUUUUUUUUAAUUAAUGACGUUCUGAUUGUUUUCAACCCAUUACCUUUUAAAGCCAAUUUUUUGACUUUAUAAUGAAAUGUUUUUAAUAAAAGCCAUCUACAAUAUGACCAAGUAUUAGGCCAUUUGAUCAAGUUGGAACUCAUAAAGUCUCAAUAAAAUGAUCAGAAAAACUCGUGAAUUCUCGUUAUCGUGCUGUGAGUACCUUUGGACCUAUGUAACACGAACCCACCGUUUCUUUUUUUUUUUCUAGUGACCAUUUUAGCGGCUUCGGCCCUCUCAAGUGAUCUCUAGAAUUGCUCAGAAAAGUCCAGAGCGCGUCCGGUUUCCGUCCGAAGAAAUAUCGAUCAAGUUUCAACGUUCUUAACUUUGUUAAACUUCCAGCUAUGGGACCUGGACCAACUGGGUCUGGUCGACACGAUGUACGGCCACCAAGACGCCGUCCGCUCCGUCGCUUGCCUUCAGAAGCAACGGGUCGCCACUGCCGGGGGCAGAGAUCGCACCUGUCGUGUCUGGAAAGUCGAGGCCGAGAGUCAGCUCGUGGGUUUUCGAAUCAAGUUUCGGCGCCAAAACUUUAUAAACUAACAGAAAAGAAUAACUUUUUCGAUUAAUAUUUCUUAGGAACGCCAGAAUGGUCCCUAGAGGGACAUUUUAGGGGCCCUCGAAAUUUAAUCUCUAGGAGCCACCUAACUGCCCCUAAAGGGGCCACUAAACUUUCCAAGAGUGGCCGCUCUAGAGGAGCCUAACUUUUCAAUGCAUCAACUUACACAUCCAAACAUAAAGGCAAAAGAUCGCUUUAGGGACCACUUGAGCUUUAGAGGCUAAGAGAUCAGACCUUAAACCCAUAUAGGGACCACUCUGGCGCUUUCAACAAGAUACAUUGUCAAUUUCAAAGCGCGAAUUCUGGUUCAAAAAAAUCUUUCAAAAAGUCAACAUUUUUUUUUGCAGUUAGGAACUCUAGAGUGGUCCCUAUAGGGGGAUCUAACCUUUUUUAAAUAAACUUAGAUGUGGCCUACCACUUGAGCUCUAGGAACUAAGAGAUCAAACCUUAAACCCCUAUAGGGACCUCUUUUUCGCUCCAUAUAGGGGCUUUUUUUCCAUAACCUCUAUAGGGACCACUCUAAAAUUCCGAAGCUUCAAAAUGUUUCACAUACUAGGUAGGAUUUUUGAACAGACUCUAGUUUACCGUAAAUAUUGACUUUGAAAUAAAAUUAGAACACUUUUUGAUAUGAUCUAUUUCCGAACAUUUGUUUUCUUUUUCUUCUUCACGGAAAUAAGUUAGAAGGUCGAUUUAUUCUCGGUGCAACACAACAGAUUGCCAUCGAAACGUCACUUUUCCACAAUAUUUUGUUGUGUUUUUUGAUGGGCCAGUAUUUAUUCGCCGAUUUGUUUGCUUGGCGGGCGGCCAGGGGUUUUUUUUCGUCCCCAGGGAAGGGGAAUUUUGAAUGUUUUAUUUGAAAAAUUAGAUUUUUAUUCGUGCCCUGUUCAAAAGUCCCUCCGCGAAAUACAAAGCAACCGUCAGAGAGUGAAAAAGAGACCCGAAUUUUGGCGAGUCAGAGAUAAUUUGGACUUCCGCGGAGUUACUUCGAACACGGCAUCAAGUUCUGUUUGAAAAUCCGAUUUAUCAUUGAAAAAAAUGUCUAGAAAUAAAUCAAUUUAAUGAAAAAAAAAUUUUUGGGCCUGAAAAUUCGAAAUUUUCACCUAUAACUUUUGAAUUCUGGCGUUUUUAUUGCGAGUUUCUGAGAAAAUUUACUUCUUGAACUAUUUUUUUAUUUCCUUAAUUACUUCUAGGCGAUAAUUUUUCCUUCCAGUAAAUUAUUUUUUUCACAGAAAUGGGGAUAUUUUUUGAGGGUUUUUUUCUGGUUUUUUUAUUCAUUUUUUUCACAUCAUAAUUUCUCUUCCAAUAAGUUAUUUUUCAAGUAAAAUACAGAUGUUAUUGAUUUUUUUCUGAUUUGUAGGCAUUUUCAUUAACUAGAAAAUUUCUUUCAAUGUUUUUUUAAAUUCCGUGUAAAAUCUUCACUCGAAGUGGUAGCUCUCAUUCUGAGGCUUCCACCUAGAGCACGGUCUCCGGGCUCCAGCUACACCAUCCACUACAUUCUGAGCUCGUCAAGGCGCAACUGGAUGGACUACGCGCAGAAGGACGAGGCGAAGGACCGUAAGACGAUGCUUUCAACUCUUUCGACUACACGUUUGGACUUCUAGUUCGCCAAAGGCGGUUGUUCGAUAUAGCUUUUAAAGUUCUUGUUCACCGCCUAGUCGAUUACAUCAGACUAAAACAACAAAAUAAAUGAUUUGAUUUGAUUGAUUGAAAUAGGUUCUUUGAGAAUUUUUCUGAUUUUUUUAGUGAUGUUAAGUACCAAAAAUUUUGCCUUGUGAUGGGCUUUUUCAAGGAAAAUACAGAUUUUAUUAAUAUUUUACUGGUUUUCAGGCAUCUUAUGAACUACAAAAUUUUGUUUCAAUGAUUUUUUUCAAAGUAAAUCAGGGAUGUUUUUUUGAAGAUUUUUCUGAUUUUUAAUGAUUUUAAGCUCCAAAAUUUUUCUUUGCAAUCGAAAUUUUUUUCAAAGAAUAUAGGGAUUUUUUUUGGGUUUUUUCUGAUGUUUAGUCAUUUCAAGCUCCAAAAUUUUCUUUGCCAUAGAAUUUUUAUAAUGAAAAUGAGGAUUUUUUUGAGGUUUUCAACGGUUUGUCGCAAUGUGUGAGCCUCGACUGCGUGGCCAUGGUCAAUGAGGAACAUUUUGCGUCUGGAUCUGCCGAUGGGUUCGUUUCUUUUGUCAAAAAAAAUAUGAGGGAGCCUGAAAAGUUCAAUAGAAUUCAAGAUUCGACGAAACGAAUCUGUUAUAGGAAAAAAAAUAACUUUUGUGAACUUUUUUGGUUGCAGAAGAUAGAAGGCAAAAUCAGGGGGUUUGAGCCUAAUAAAAACAUUUUCGCUUGAUUUUUUAUCAUAUGAUGGCUUGAGUGAAUGAUGGUUGUUUUGGCAGGGUCAAAAUUUGUUCUCUGUUUCACCAUGACGAUAUUUUGUUUCGAGUUGAUAGGGCAAUCUGAUAAAAUGAUUGUGAACUUUGACGGUUUUUAUUAAAGUUUCAUGAUUUUUUUAAAGUUAGUCUCUAGCCUGACGAUAUUAUAGAAAGAGGAAUCAUUUCAAGCUGUUUUUGGAAGAUUUUCGCAUAGAUUAAAAAAAUCAACCACUUUUACCUGAUCCAUUCCGUUUUUUGGAAAAAAAAUGAAAAUUUUCAAGUGCUGUAGAGAAAUUUGAAGGAAAUGGGAUAAAGAGACGAUUUUUUGAAGGAAAUUCAACCUUUUUCAAAUAAAUAAUCGACAAAUGGUUAUCUUUUUUGCCUUGGCUUGAAAAUUGGAGAAACGAAUUUUCCUCGGAAGAAAGGGGAAAAAAUGAAAUUUUUCGAGCAGAAUAAUCGAAAAAUCACUUUUUCUACCCAAAAGAGUGAAGGUUCAGCCCCAUUUGGCCUCAAAAAUCCGAAAAAAAAUAAUAUUCAUAAAAUCCUACUUGAAAAAUUGAGAAAUUGUCUCUUUUAUGACCAGAAAUGGAAUAAUGAUCCUUUUUCGCCCCCAUUUUGACCUACAAACCCGAGAAGAAUCCAUUCGUUUUUUGAUAUAUCGAACUUUCUUGUAUUCUUCAGCAUAAGGCGAAAGUCGCUGCGGGUCGGGGGCAGCUAUAGGAAGAGUUGCCAGAAUUUCAACCUUACUUUUGGUAUCUGUUCAUGCAACGCCGCCCUGAGCGAAUUCGAAUAUACUUAGCAUUUCCAGUGGUCCCUAUAGGGGCAACCUGAGGGGUCCUUGGAGGGGCCACUUUAACACCCCAUAGGAAACACUAAAACAUGCAAAAGGUGCCCCUUUAGGCGACAUGCUUGUUGAUAAUUGUCAUCGAUAAUUGUUGAGAUCCCUAUAGGGUCUACUUGAGCUUAGGGGCGAAGGGGUCAGACCCUAAACCACUAUAGGGACCCAUAUUUUACUCCCUAAUCCUUAUAGGGACCACUCUAAAAUUCCUAAGUUUGACAAAAUGUCAAACUACACCCUUGGUUUCCUUCUUGAAGUUAUUACUCCGGAUCCUUUGAGAUUUUUCGAGGCAUAAAAAUUCUUCAUUGUUCUGACUACCUUGCCAAAUUACUCAACUCUGAGCAAUUAUAUAGCACCCGACUUGAAACUACUUACGCGCCAUUCUGUUGCAGAAAAAGUCGUUUAAGGACCAUCACUUUAAUCUUUUUUUUUGUGAAUAAUCUUUAAUAAAAUCAGUCUUUUUGUAUCCUUUUGGAGUGUUCGAUCCGCAUCUUUUGAGGUUUUUGAUUCAAAAAUUGGCUUUUUUCGAGUCGUAUCAGAUUUUCCAUGUAACUCUACCGAAAAUGACCUAACGCUGAGCGAUUUCCUUGAAAAAGGCGCGAUUAUUAGCACCCGACUUGAAACUACUUGCGCGCUUUCGCAUUCUGUAGCAGAGAAAGUCGCCUUAUAAGACGAAUUUUGACUUUUUUUUUUGACAAGUUUCCGAGAAAAUAAAAUAAAAAUCUUUGUUCCCUUAUCAAGUGAUCAAUGCGCAUCUCUCGAGAUUAUUUGAUCCACCUUUUUUCUUGGUUUUUGACCCAGCGGCGACGAUUUCAACUGUUUCUGGACGCCUUUUUUGCUGCUCUUUUUCGGUUCCGUUCUCUUCCUCUUUGUGUGUGGAAAAGGACUGUUUGAUGUGGAACUAUCCUCCUUUUCGGAGGUUUUCCCCGUUUUUUUUUCUGUACCUCUUUGUUUGCUCUCCGCUCCAAUUCUUGUUUUGGCUGCCUCACUUCGAAGGAAAUACCAUUUUUGGAGUGAUUUUUCGUCUUUUUUUAAUAGUUUUGUCGGUUUCUUGGUUUUGGUAAAUUUUUUAGUGAGAAGAAUAUUUUUUCUAUUGUUUUUUGAGGAGGGAAACUUGAAUUUUUGAAUCAUUUUGUUCCAUUCUUCUUGAAAUCUUUUGGAAGUUGAGUUUCCUGGUUUGGAAUAUCUUAAGAAGUGCUUGAAAAAAAUCUAGAGGUUCUCAAUAAUUUUUAGAAUAAUUAGAUUUUUUUCUGAACUUUUUGAAAAAAAUAGAAAAAAAUAUAGUUAUUUUUUUGGCUCUUUUUCUGAAGUUUAUUCCAUCUUUUGUUCAAACUUUCAUCGAUUUCUGAUUUCAAAGGUCUCGGUUUUUCUAUGUUUUUUUCUAUCACUGAAAUCGGUCAAAAUUUCAAAAAAAUAAUCAACUACUUCCAUCAUACAUAUUCAUGUCAAAAGUUGCUUUUGUUGGCGCUUUUUCUUUCAGUUUUGAACUGGUUUCCUCAGUUUUGUUAUUGCAUUUUAAAUCGCUUCCCCUCUUCAUUUGACAGCCGAGUGUUGAUUUUUCUUCUUUGUCGAGUUGAGUGACUGGUUUUUUGAAGAGUUUCUUCUUGACAUUUUUGAGAUUUUUUCGAACUUUUUCGAACCAAGUUCUCUUAAAAUUUUCGCUUUUUUUUGUGAAUUUAUCCAUUAUUUCAACGAAAUAAUACGUCUCUUUUGAUGGCUAAAGCCUGAAAAAAAUGAAUAAAAUUAAUAAUUGAUGCACUUUUUUUUCUUGUAUAAUGUGGUCAUUUUGAAUGUGAACAUUUUUUUCCCAUUAGAAAUUUAGAAAAAAAGGAAUGUGCGUGUAAAAAUGGAAUACAGGUGCUUUUUUUGGUCCGUUCAAUUAUUAAAUAGUCGAAGUUUUGUUUUUUUGACUCAUUUUUUUGAAUUGAUAAUCAAAUUUUUAGUUACAGAAAGUAAAAGGAAUUUUUUUGUGUUUUUUUCCCAGUAAUUUCAGGUCAAUUUUUUUAAUUACUUGAAAUUAAAGUCUGCUUUUUUGGAAAAAUAGUGUUUGAGUGCCUUUUUUUCAAAGAAAAAAAUAGAGCAAUAAAGAGAAAAAAAGGAUACUUUUGGACUUUUUAAUCAUCGGUGUUUGGAAAUUUAGGAUCUCAUUAGUUAUUUCACAAAGAAUAGGUAUUCUUCAAAAAAACCACUUACAAAUUUUUAAAAAAAUUUGGUAAAUUUACCAUGCAAACCGACCGGACUUUUUCUAGCGUUUUUUUCUUCAGAUAGUAUGUAAAAUUUUUUUGUAUAAAAUACUCAGAUUGUUCCAAUCUUUUCGUAUAUAAUCUUCAAUCUUUUAUGUCAAUGGCAACGCCUGAAGUAUUACCAUAGUAUACUUUGUUCUCUUACAGAACCCUGUCGCUAUGGUCGUUCUGGAAGAAGAAGCCGCUGUUUUCGCGGAGAGCCGCCCACGGGCAAAAGAACGGCGAGAACCGUUGGAUCGUUUCCCUCGCCGCUUUGCCUUAUUCCGGUUCGGGCCCCACGGAAAGAAUCUCGAGUGUCUUUUCCAUUUCCUUUUGCAGAUUUGCUCGCUUCCGGCUCAAAUGAGGGCGAAUUGAAACUGUGGAAGGUGGAUGAGAGCUUCAGGAAACUCUCCCUUGUCUACACCUAUGCGAUGGUUCGUUUUGGGAUUUUUCGGAAUCCGGAGAAGGAUAUGGAAAGAAAAAUCUUGAUGUAACUAAAAGUGUGAAAGGUCAAUGAUAGAAGAUCAUUUUUUGGAAACAUGUCAUUUUUUUUUUUAAGUUCUGGUUUUAUUCAUAACUUUUUAAAAUCAUGUCAAGAUCUUGUUCCGGAAUGGGUCACAAAAAGGGAAUUUUUAAAAAGGUUAAUGAUAACAAGUCCUUUUUUUAUUCCAGUUAUAACUUUGUACACAUUUUUUUCAAGAUUUUUGUACCGAAAAAUAGGUGAGAAUAUGACUUUAGAUCGAGCUUUUUUUCGAUUAGUAGGCCUUUCUAUCAAAAAAACUUGACAAAUAAAAAAACGAAAAAGACUGGGAGAAUGUUGAGUCGAGCUUAUUCAUAUUUUACCAGAAGAAAAAAAAAAUGUAAAGUUUAACUUCUCUUCUCAAAACUUUUAAAUUCAGUUUCUGUUAACAGAUACAUUUGAAUGAUUUUCUUACAGAGGUGUAUCGAGUAAAAUUUUCCUUCUUUCUUUUGAUUUUCGGUUUUUUUCAUUAGUUCUAUUUUUCUUGAAGGACGGUUUCAUCAAUGGUUUAUCAUUCUCAAACGACGGCAAAUGGCUGUCCCUGGCUGUUGGUCAAGAACACAAGGACGGCAGGUGGUGGGUGAGUCAAUUCCUCCUCUUUUUCUUCUAAUUUGUUCUUCGUUUCCCAAAAAAUGUCGUUUUUUUUCUGUUCCGAGCAAUACGAAAUGUGUAAUAUCGUGUGAUUCCAGAUGCUCGGUGUUCAUUUUUUUCUUCUUCUUUUUGUUUUCGGUUUUCAACAACUAUCGAAUUUUUCAAAACGUCAUCUAAAAGCUAGAAAAAAAUGCUUUUGAGGGGGUUUAUAUGAAUAUUUUAAUUUCUUCGUUCAGGGUUUUUCGCAAAAAGUUUUUUUCUAUAUUUAUAAGAAAGAAAUUUUUGAAUCCUUGGGUUUAAAAAUAAGGAGAUUCCUCUCUCUUUUUUACUCAUUUUUCUUGUUUUUUUCCUUUCUUUUUUUCCCAACAGAUUUGGAAGUUUUUCCAAAGUUAUCGAAAAUCUGAAGUUUAAGAAGGUUUUUUUCUACGAAAACUUCAAAAUUUGUCCAUGAGAUUUUAAUAAUUUCGACUUUUUAAGUUUUUUUAAGUUUUAGGAUUUUUCGAAACUUUUUCAGAGAUAAGCUUCUGAAAUCUUCAAUUUUUUUAAACAAAAACCGAUUUUUAGGUAUCACACUGUUUUUUUGUAGGUUUCUAAUUGAAAAAAAGAACAAUUGAAAAUUUUUCUGGAAAUUUCUGAAGUUGAAUGGAAUGAAAGCUUCCGUUUUCACGGUUUUUUUUUGAAUUUUAGUCGUUUUUCGAAUUUUUUUGCACCUUUGAAGAUUUUCCGGUGUUCAGGUAGACAAGGAGGCGAGAAAUCGUGUGGUGGUUAUCCCGGUGAGGAACGCAAAUGAGGCCGAAAGUGAGGAACAACGGAAGAAUGGGGACGUGGCGACGUUCGACGACGACGAGGAUAGCGAUGAGGAUUGA